AUGAAGUUCUUCCAGUCCAUCGCCAUCCUUGCCCUUACCGCAACGGCUUACGCCGCUUGCACAAUUGAUGGAACCGAUCCCAACUGUUGCUGGGGAGGUGACCAGGGCUCUGAUGCCUGCGCUCGCCAAAAUGGUUACAUUGGAUGUAUCAAUGGAGCCGAAUCCGGCAAUUUCUGCAUGAACAUGGGCAUUCCCAACUCCAAAUGCGAUGCCGACUGCUGCGAUACCAGGACUGGAUGGGGAAAGCCUUGCCCGAAGGGAAAGAACCGCUGCGACCCGGAUUCUGGAUGCCCGUACUAG